AGGAAAUCAAACAUCAAACACAUCAAACCGACCAAACUGCUAUUGCGUUGCUCUUCGCCAGAUCACAUUCCAUUGAGCACGACAAAGAUACCAACCUCCUCCCUCACCAACAACUAUUUAGCUGCUCAUCCCAACUACCAGUACCUCGAAGGAUACAUUCCGGGUUCAUCACCUUGUCUUCUCAUUUCUCCUGUUUCGUUGUCCGCUCUUCAACAUCCAGGAAGAAGAAAACAACCUGUUGUCGCAUCCCCCCCCCGUACCUGGCGUAAGCUUGCCACAAUGGGAAAUCAACAGUCAAAUAUGGGUGGCGGCGGCCCCGGUGAUGGCCAGGAUGACAAGGACAAGAAGAAGGAGAAGCCAAAGUAUGAGCCUCCUCCACAGCCAACCACCAGAAUCGGCCGGAAGAAGCGGAAGCAGGCCGGCCCCAACGCCUCCGCAAAACUCCCUGCCAUCUACCCAACUUCCCGCUGCAAACUGAAAUACCUCCGCAUGCAACGCAUCCACGACCACCUGCUACUUGAAGAGGAAUAUGUCGAGAACCAAGAACGCAUCCGCAAGACAAAGGCUCAGGCGUCUCAACGCCCCGCAACCAGCGAUGAUCUCGAGUCCCUAGAUCGGAAUGCAGACGAGCGAAGCCGCGUCGAUGACAUGCGCGGGAGUCCCAUGGGCGUCGGUAAUCUGGAAGAGAUGAUUGACGACGACCACGCCAUCGUCUCCACCGCGACUGGGCCAGAGUAUUACGUUUCCAUCAUGUCCUUUGUCGACAAGGACCUCCUGGAACCUGGCGCGAGUAUCCUACUGCAUCACAAGUCCGUCUCCGUCGUUGGCGUUUUAACAGAUGACGCAGACCCGUUGGUCUCCGUCAUGAAACUAGAUAAGGCACCUACGGAAUCCUACGCGGAUAUUGGGGGACUAGAGUCUCAGAUCCAGGAAGUUCGAGAAGCCGUCGAACUCCCUCUGCUCCAUCCAGAACUGUACGAGGAAAUGGGUAUCAAACCGCCCAAGGGUGUCAUUCUCUAUGGCGGCCCGGGGACGGGGAAGACACUGCUGGCCAAAGCCGUCGCGAACCAAACAAGCGCCACAUUCCUACGAAUCGUCGGUAGUGAAUUGAUACAGAAAUACCUGGGCGACGGGCCCCGAUUAGUCCGCCAGAUUUUCCAGGUAGCGGCCGAACACGCCCCGUCCAUUGUCUUUAUCGAUGAGAUCGAUGCGAUUGGAACGAAGCGAUACGAGUCUACAUCAGGUGGCGAGCGGGAGGUGCAACGAACCAUGUUGGAGCUGCUCAAUCAGCUCGACGGCUUCGAUGACCGCGGCGACGUCAAGGUGAUCAUGGCCACGAAUAAGAUCGAAACCCUCGACCCUGCCCUGAUCCGCCCAGGCCGUAUCGAUCGGAAGAUCCUCUUUGAGAAUCCUGAUCAAAACACCAAGAAAAAGAUCUUCACCCUGCACACCUCCAAAAUGUCCCUAGGCGACGACGUCGAUCUCGACGAAUUCAUCAACCAAAAGGACGACCUCUCCGGUGCAGAUAUUAAAGCCAUAUGCUCCGAGGCGGGUCUGAUGGCGCUGCGCGAGCGGCGGAUGCGUGUGCAGAUGGCUGAUUUCCGCUCAGCGAGGGAGAGGGUGCUGAAGACGAAGAGUGAGGGGGAGCCAGAGGGGUUGUAUUUGUAGUCUUCUUUUUUUUUCAAUUUUAAUCAGGUUGAUUUUUCUGUAGCGGUAGAUGGUGAGAUAGCCAGAAGGGCAUGGAUGUGAGGCGACGGAAUGGAAUGAUUAACUUUGAAUAAAAUGAUUAGUUAGCGGGGAUCCCCCCCCGUUCUACUGCUUGCCUUUUAUAUAUAUAUAUAUUUAUAGUAGAGCAGAGAAGGGAGACUGUUUUAGAUUUUCCUUUGAUGGAAAUAAUAGCUCUUCUUUGCGUAGAGGGGGCUAACUAUAAACUAUGUGGGUAUUGAGGAAGUAUAGAGGAAUGAGAAGAUGUAUGGUAUGGUGCUUCUGCUGCGGGAGGGAGGGGAAUUACUUUACAAUUGUGAGGAAGAGUAGUUGGAAUUUUUCUACAGAGGAUAUUGUUGAUAACAAACCCCCUUUCCCCUCCUCCUCCCCCUUCCCCCCUCUUGGGCAAGUGUAUAUGGCCAUAAGGACCUAUGCAACUAAAAUCAUGAGCUACAACUCUGUUUGUAACUCUGUUUGUGCUGGAGAUGCGACGGCCCUUGAGCAACCCUGUCUCUUCAUCAUGUCCUUGCUCAAGCACAGCUUCUUUUCCAAAGCCAUUCUUUGUUCGGUGGAUGUUGAUGCUGAUUAGUAAUUCCCUGCCUAGUUACAGACUUCUUUGACAUCUGCUAAUACAAUGUCAAUCAUAUCAU